AUGAACGCCACGCAGUUCGAAGAGUGCAUGAACGCGAUGCAGGGCACCCCGCAAAAGCGCAGCGCGGCAGCUCGGCUGCCGUCGAGCGCACCAGGCGAGGAGGCGACGAGGCGCGGCCGCACGCCCGUGUCGCGGCCGCACGGCGACCGCUUCAUUCCUCAGCGCUCAGCCAUGGACAUGGACGUCUCCCACUUUGAGCUCACGCGCGCGCGCGAAGAGGAGAAUGCCACCGAGGAGUACAAGAAGGCGCUCGCUGCCAACCUCUUUGCGGGCGGCACGAGAACCCCCCAAGGGGGGGGGGGCUUUCCGCGCAACGUCCUCGGCGUCGCGCUCGGCGACUCGAUCUACCUGUGGAACGCGUCGGACGGCUCCAUCCAGCAGCUCAUGCAGACGAGCGGCGACAACUCGCACGUGACGUCGCUGUCGUGGGUGCAGGACGGGCCCUACAUGGCGGUCGGCACGUCCGACCACAAGGUCCAGAUCUGGGACGUCGAGAAGCUCAAGCAAGUUCGCGUGGCGGACCACAAGGUGGGCACGCUGCGCGGCCACGCGCAGGAGGUCUGCGGGCUCAAGUGGUCUCCCUCGGGCACGCAGCUCGCCUCGGGCGGCAACGACAACAUCCUCAACCUGUGGGACGACCGGCUGGAGCAGCACCGCGCCGCCGUCAAGGCCCUCGCGUGGUGCCCGUGGCAGCGGAACCUGCUCGCCUCGGGCGGAGGCACCGCCGACCGGAUGAUUCGCUUCUGGAACUCGUCGACCGGCGCGUGCCUCAACGCGGUCGACACGCACUCGCAGUGGGCGAAGCACGACCGCGAGCUCGUCUCGUCGCACGGCUACUCGCACAACCAGCUCAUCCUGUGGAAGUACCCGUCGAUGGUCAAGGUGGCCGAGCUGACGGGGCACACCUCGCGCGUGCUCCACAUGGCGCAGUCGCCCGACGGCACCACCGUCGUCACCGCCGCGGCCGACGAGACGCUCCGCUUCUGGAAGAUCCUCUCGGGCGGCGAGGCGUCCAAGAAGGAGCGCGCCGCCGCGAAGGAGUCGAUCCUCAACUCGAUGUCGAUUCGCGCACUUUCGUCGGUGGCGACGGCGCGAGUCUGA